AUGGAGUCCCAGGCUGCCCGGCUACAGAGCCUGGAGGGACGCACUGGGACAGCAGAAAAGAAGUUGGCAGACUAUGAGAAGACGGCCGUGGAGUUUGGCAACCAGCUGGAGGGCAAGUGGGCCGUGCUGGGGACCCUGCUGCAGGAGUACGGGCUGCUACAGCGGCGGCUGGAGAACGUGGAGAACCUGCUGCGCAACAGGAGCUCCUGGGUCCUGCGGCUGCCCCCUGGCAGCAAGGGGGAGGCCCCUAAGGUGUCCAGGUCACUUGAGAAUGAUGGCGUCUGUUUCUCUGAGCAGGAGUGGGAGAACCUGGAGGACUGGCAGAAGGAGCUCUACAGGAACGUCAUGGAGAGCAACUAUGAAACACUGGUCUCUCUGAAGGUCCUUGGCCAGCCAGAGGGAGAAGCAGACUUGGGUACAGAAAUGCUGGGUGACUUGGAGGAGGAAGGCCCUGAUGCUGCCCACCCUGUGGACGGGGCUGUGGUCAAGCAGGAGGUGCUGUACAAGCAGGAAGGCUCUGCGGGCCCCCCUGGCACGUUCUCAGGUGCUACUGAAGAGCAGGCUCUUCUCCGCUCAGAGCAUUUUGAGCUCUGGGAUGGCCAGGGUGGGUCUGUUCUUCUGGAGACAGGCCCUGGGGACUCUAAUCUCGAGGAUCCCAUUGAGGGGAGUACAGACCCUACCAGUGGCAGAAUUCUGGGCUGCUCCACAAAGCAGAAAUCCCACAGGCAGGUCCAGCUGGGUCAGGAAUGUGGGCAGAACCUGAAGCUAAAAAAGAACACUGCCAGUUCCUAUGAAUGUUCUGAGUGUGAGAUCAGUUUCCGCUACAAGCAACAACUGGCCACACAUCUGCAGAGCCACUCAGGGUGGGAGUCUUUCCCCACCACAGAGCCAGAGGAGAGCCUUAGGCCCAGGCCACGGCUGAAGCCACAGGCAAAGAAGGCAAAGCUGCAUCAGUGUGAAGUGUGCCAGAGGAGCUUCAGCUGCAAGGUGAACCUCAUCACCCAUCAGCGCUGCCAUCUUCAGGAGGGGCCUAGUGCUAGCCCACGUGUCCAGGAGAGGUUCUCACCCAACAGCCUGGUUGCCCUGCCUGGCCACAUCCCUUGGAGGAAAAGCCGGAGUUCCCUCAUCUGUGGGUACUGUGGUAAGAGCUUCAGCCACCCAUCUGACCUAGUGCGGCACCAGCGCAUCCACACGGGUGAGCGGCCCUACAGCUGCCCCGAGUGUGAGAAGAGCUUUGUCCAGAAGCAGCACCUCCUACAGCACCAGAAGAUCCACCAGCGGGAGAGGGGUGGACUGACCCUGGACCCCGGAAGGCCCAAUGGCCUUCUUUAA